ACCAGUCCUUAAAUGGCAGAUUGUCUCACAUCUUCACCGCUUGUCCGAUUCCCUCGAUGACUUACUUUUUCAAACUCUUUUAUCUUUUUCACAAGCAUUCCCUGCAAAAGAAAAUAAAAGCCUAGGGUUUCUACUUUACACACAUUAUCCAAUCGUCAAUUUUCCUCGACAUCUAGCUUAGAAAUUAGCUCGGAUUUUGGCGUUGUUGAUCUCACUUUCUUUCCGUGUUACAAUUUUGUAUGCAUAAUUCUGGGUUUUUUAAUGAGUCUUAUCAGCUGUUUGAAGUUGGGAUUUUGAAAGGAGAUUCUUUUAGGGGAGAUUAUUGGGGUCAAAAAAGUUGAAAAUGAUGUUCUUUUAUUUAUGGAGUUUGCUUUUCUGGAAACGUACAUGUGAAGCAAUUUAGUGUUUUUUUUUCCCUUCAGUUAUAAUUGAUGAUUACCCUACUGUGGAAUUCAUUUCAUCAUUUGCUAGCUUUAGCUGAGUCGACACGGAGUUUCUGGAUCUUUCCGCCCUUGUUACAUGCCAUUUGCUUGCCCGGAAUCUGUGAAUUCAUUAACUGGGAUUGUUACUCGUGGCUCUAGAUAGUGGAAAUUAAGUUAGAUCAAAAGCUUUCUUUAUAAAUAUGGAACUUAGUGAUGCAGCUUUAUGCUUUUGGAGAUAAUGGACUUAUGCCAUCUCUGGUUAGAGGUUACCAAUAGCAGAAUUUUGGGAAUAUUGAUGAAAAUUUGAUUUUUUUUAAUUUGCGGGAUUUGGCCUAUAUGAUCUGUUGUAGCUGAUUAGUGAUCAGGACUUUGAAUGGUUAAAGUCAUGGAGGAUAUUGGGUUGUUCAAUCAAGGAUGGAAAUGGUUGCAAUCAAAGGAUUGUUACUGCGUAGCAAGUACUACUGCGAGCUGUUUGAGGGACAAGAUGGGGAUAUUUAUGGAGCGACAUUGGCCCAUGGUUUGCUGUGGCUGUGCAAGACUUGGGAGAGGUCUGCUGUUUUUGUUGGUUUACUGGAAGAAUUGUUUUGUUACAGGCUUCCAGUCGUUUGUUGGGCUGGGUUCGGCGGCCCUGCUUGUCAUUGUGUGGAGUUUCUUUCUCAGCUUAACAUCAAUGUCGUGUGUUCUAUACGUGCUUCUUAGUAUGGGAGCUGCAGGGGUUGUAGUUAAGUAUUUAGGCUACAGUCCUGGACUUUUCAUUGUGGGACUCUUUGCCAUUCUAGUUUUAUGGAUGUAUGCUAACUUCUGGAUAAUGGGUACAUUAUUCAUACUUGGAGGUUACUUAAUUUCCUUAAGUCAUGCACAAUUGGCGGUAUUGAUAGCAACCAUAUAUGCAUUAUACUAUGUCAAAGUUCAAGCUGGAUGGCUUGGAGUUUUCCUCUCAAUUAAUCUUGCAUUUGUGUCAAAUGAUGUCUUGAGCUGCUUGAUCCAGUGGUAUGAUAAUUUGAGUGAACGCACCACCUGUGAAGAGCAUAAAGAAUCUGAGCCAUUCACAGAAAAUUUGUCCACGGAGUAUGAAUAUUCAACGAGUACUGAUGAAGAAGAUAAGUUGCACUCCUGUAAAUCAUCCAGCAAACCUGCUACUUCGUCUUUUGUUGAAAAACUUGAGGACUCUGCUGCUAAGCUAGUGGUCAAAGAAGAGGUGAAUUCAGUUGGUGAGAUGAAGCGGAUUUUAAGCAGUGCUGAUCACUAUGAAGCAUUGGGGUUUCCCCGUCACAAGAAAGUUGAUUUUAUGUUGCUGAAAAAGGAAUACAGAAAAAAGGCCAUGCUUGUGCACCCUGACAAAAACAUGGGAAGUCCACUGGCAAGUGAGUCCUUUAAGAAACUUCAAUGCGCAUACGAGGUACUUUCUGACACGGUGAAGAAAAUGGACUAUGAUGAGAAACUCAAAGAGGAAGAAUCUAAGAGUGUAAUCCAGAAAUCACCUAGCACUUCGUGUCAGGAUACUACUGAUUUUUUAUCUGAGGAGUCGAGGUGCAUAGAAUGCACAAAGUGUGGCAAUUCACAUGUCUGGGUCUGCACCAACAGGAAAAAGGACAAAGCAAGAUGGUGUCAGGAUUGCUGUCAAUAUCAUCAAGCCAAAGAUGGUGAUGGAUGGAUUGAGUACCGAGGAUCAUUAGUGUUUGAUCAACCUGAAAAGGUGCCACGCGCUUUUGUCUGUGCAGAAAGCAAAAUCUUUGAUGUAUCAGAAUGGGCUAUAUGUCAGGACUUGGCUUGUAGGCCCAACACACACCGACCAAGUUUCCAUGUUAACAUGGUUGGAUUGGAGAAGUCAACUUCGAGUAUGUAUCCAUGGGAUUUGGAUGCUGAGAUGAUGGAUGAAGAGGAAGAAUUUGAACUGUGGCUUCAGCAAGCACUAGCAUCCGGACUUUUCUGUGAAACCUCUAAGCGGAGGAAAAGCUGGAGCCCAUUCAAGUUGCCUCUGAAGAAGGGAAAGAAACAUUGGCGAAGAUUUUCGUAGGAGAAACAGCUCCUCCGCCGCAGCCACUUCGAUACUGUUUGAAGAUUUCUGAGUGGACCACUUACCUUAUGUUUGGUAAGGUGGAUUGGACUGGACUCCAUUAAAGAUGAAAAAGUGUUCAUUGCACUAUCCAUUUCUAUCUAAUAAUGCAUAUCAAACAUAGCCUUAAGGUGCCCAAGAAUCUUGUCCAGCAGAUGAGAAUUUCAGGGUCGACUGGAAGACAGUGUAAACAACUUGUCUUACGUUCUGUAAAUAAACUUGGAAUCUUGCAUGGUUUCCUCUGUUGCAGAUCAGUUUUGGCCUAAAUCUUUUGGGUUUCGAAGAGAAUUGAAACUGGCGUUUGUGUACAUUUGGUGAUACAUUGAAGCAUUGUAUUACCCGGGUGCAAUAAAGUUGAAAAGAACGAUGAAAUUUUCCAUCACUCAUUGCUGUUGCUGUGGCGUUGUGUUACUCGUGUGAAGGAUAAAAUCAUGCAGGUUCUGCUGUUGUCGAAGCUAGAUAGCGUUAUAGUCAACUCAUCUGUAAACCUGUAAUCCUGUAGCUAAUCAAUCUGCAGACCAUAACUGAAUUUAAUGACUUCAUAUAAGAAGAUUUACUUUGAAAUUUGGAAAAAAAACUUGGGUCAUAUUUUUGUUUCUUA